AUGACUGCCCCCAACUCUCCGGAGGCAGUGGCCGAUGCGGCCAACGGCUCCGCCACCGCGUAUGGCACGCGUUCGAGAGGUCGCAACGCCCCUCGGCCCAAUUAUGCUGAGGACCGUGAUUUGGACGCGGAUAUCGAUCCUUCCGCACCAACCUCCAAGUCAGCCAAAAGAAACAGCGGCCAGGCAUUGACCAACAUCGUCAACGGCGCUAAUUUCGAUGAGAAGACCUCGUCGGCGCAACCAAAGAAGGCCUUGACCAACGGCCACAGCGCAAAUGGCUCGGCAAAAGAUGCCAUUCCGGGCACCUCAUCAUUUUCUGCCAGACCGGAAGAUGCAAAUAGCUCUAAUUCGAGAAAACGCAAACAACCUGCCAGCACGCCAAGCUCCACGCCCACCUCUGGCAGUACCGCCAAGAAGAUCUUCACCUCCCCACCAGAGGACUCCGAAGGGGGUUAUUUCACCAACAUGGUGAGCUUUGAAAAUACAGGGCCGUAUCUGCACGACGGCAAAUUAAUAGCUGAUGAUGGCACCACCUUUGCCGUUAAUGAUCACGUCUAUCUAAUUUGCGAACCUCCGGGUGAGCCUUAUUAUUUGGCACGGAUUAUGGAGUUUCUUCCAUCCAAGACAAAACCAGGUGGGUUCAUUGAGGCCAUGAGAGUCAACUGGUAUUACCGCCCACGAGAUAUUCAACGCCACUCUCCCGACACUCGGUUUGUGUUUGCGUCAAUGCACUCCGACACCUGUCCUCUUUCUUCAUUACGAGGCCGAUGCGACAUUCGACAUGUGUCGGAAAUUGAUGAUAUCAACGCCUACAAGAAGACGAGGAAUUGCUUCUGGUACGAUAAAAUGUUUGACAGAUACAUCCAUCGUCUCUACGAUGUUAUACCGACGAAAGAUAUCAUUAAUGUACCGGCCAACGUCAAAAAGGUUCUCGAUGACCGCUGGAGGUUCAUUCUCGUCGAACUCGGCAAGGGGAAAGAAUUGACGGGUGCCGUCAAGACUUGCAAGCGAUGCCGUUUGUACGCUGCACAUUCCGAAUCUGUCGACUGUGCCGUUUGCCACUCAACAUAUCACAUGUACUGUGUGCGACCCGCCUUGACCAAGAAACCCGCGCGAGGCUUCGCUUGGGCCUGUGCUGCUUGCAGUCGUGCCCAGGAGCGGAAACUGGAAGCACGUAACACACCAUUAAACGGCAGCAUCCGAACCGACGGCGAAGAUGUGAUCAUGGAAGAAGAGGAAGAAGAUGAUCACAAUCACGCGAACGGUGCAGCGAAUGGUACCUCCGUUAGCACACCCGCACCCGAGGAGGAUUUCAUGCCUCAGCCUGCAACCGCUGAACAGAUCGCGCAGGCCAAAAUGUGGCCUUACCGAUAUCUCGGCAUUCAUUGCCGUGUGGAGGAUGCUCUCGACUACGACGAUCGAAUUUACCCACGCGCCAGCUCACGCCUAGGAACCCGGCACCAGGCGGUGGUUCCAGCUUGGCCAGGCCGCCCAGUGGAAUACGUGAAGCCGCUCGACAUGAAGAAAAAAUCAAAGAAGGACGGCAAGCUGUCCAAGGAUGCGCAGGCGGCAUUGGAAGCCGCGAAGCGCGAGAGAGCAAAUCGACCGAAAUGGGUGGAAGAUGAACCUGUGGGCUAUAUCCAUCGUGGCGAGGACGAACCGGUCGCAAUCAACGGAAAGCAAGCGCGCACUGCGGAGCUUCAAUUCAAGAUGCCCUCUUCUGACCAGAUCCCGAGCCGAGGUGAAGACGAUGCACCUGGGUCUCAUCUAAGCGACGAAGACCGAGAGAAGUUCAUCGAUGACUACAUGCGGCAAGCUAAGGAACUGGCACCCAGUAUCGGAGUUGAGAAGUACUCCACGAACUUCCUCGACAAAGCCCUUCAAUUACUCUACUCUGAGAGCUUCGACGUCCCGUCAGCCCUCGCCAAAUUAAAGAAAACCAACAAGUACAAGGAUCUCAAGGAGCCCCACAUUCGACCGGAGGAGCUCAAGCUGUUCGAACAGGGUGUCGCCAAAUAUGGAUCGGAAUGGCGCAAUAUCAUGAAACACGUCAAGACUGUCCAUAUCUAUCAGAUCGUCCGAUUUUACUACAUGUGGAAGAAGACCCCCAGCGGUCGGAAGAUCUGGGGCAGUUAUGAAGGUAGACGUGGAAAGAAGGAAGUCCGACGCCAAAGUGUCGUUUCAUCCAAACUCGUCGACGACGUGGCCGAUGAUCAUGAUGAUUCCGCCUUUGACUCCGAGAAAGCGGUUGCCCAGAAGAAGGGUUUCCAUUGCAAGUUCUGUUCUACCCGUCAUUCACGACAGUGGCGCCGCGCGCCCCUGGUACCACCUGGCACCGUUGUUCCAUCCGAACCUUCGAACAAAAAGGACAAGGGCCCUAUGCUUACAGUUUCACUCUGUCUACGCUGCGCUCUGCUGUGGCGGAAAUACGGAAUUCAAUACGAGGAUGUUGAUGAGGUUGCGAAGAGGAUUGCAAGCAGCGGCAACAAGUCAUGGAGACGACGUAUCGACGAGGAGAUGCUCGCCCAACUGAUUGUUGCCACCGAGACCCCCUUCGUGAUCACCAAUGCCACUGCUACGACAGCUACCGCCAUGGGCAUUCCACUGGAUACAAACCCGCGACUCCUGUUGGAAGGCAAGGUGGAUCCGACGAAGAAGAAGACCAAGGAGACGCCUGCGCCGUCGGCCGCGACCUCUGUGGAGCCCAUGCCGAAGAAGAAAACGGCACCCGAGAAGGUUGUCGAAGCUCCACCAAUUGUUCCUGACCCACCCAAGGCGAAGACUCUCCCUUGUGCCAUUUGCAACCAAGUCGAACCAUCCGGCGAAGAGCAUCUUUCAUGCCGGGACUGUCGGCUCACGGUCCAUCGCAGUUGUUAUGGCGUGCGGGAUUCGCGUGCUGGCAACAAAUGGUUGUGUGAUAUGUGCUCCAACGAUCGCAGCCCAUCCAUCUCCACCAACUACACAUGCGUCCUUUGCCCAGUAUCAUGGACCGAGCACGACCUCAUGGAAACGUCCAAAAACAACCCUCGGAAGAAGACUGAACGUGACAAGGAAAAGGAGCGCAUGGAGAAGGAAAUGGUUGUCGAGGCCAUUAAACUUUAUCGUCAGCGACAGGAGGCUGCUGGCAAACCGGUUGGUCCUCGUGAACCAUUGAAGCGUACUGCAGGCAACAACUGGGCCCACGUACUUUGCACCAUGUGGACUCCGGAGUUGAAGUACGGGGCUGCAGAGGAGCUUGAGCCCGCGGAAGGAUUUGCAUCCAUUCCCAAAGAGCGGUGGCGCUGGAAUUGUAAGGUCUGCAAGUCAAACAAGGGCGCCUGUGUGCCCUGCAGUUCGACCGGUUGCAAUGCUCACUUCCACGUGGGCUGUGCCUUCCAGGCACAUUACCGCUUCGGCUUCGAAAUCACACCUGUGAAGAGCUCGCGCCGCGAUGGCAUGCGCACCAUUCGCUUGGGCGAAGAUGUUGGGGUAGCGACACCUGCUGUCUACUGUCCAAACCACACAGCACCGCCUGGUCUGCAUGAGAUUGGCGAGCAAACCAACCAGGGCCAACUCAACGCUCUUCAGUUGUUCGCCCAGACCUACAAGCAAGCUGACCUUUCCCUCACUGGAACCGUUCGCAAAGCGGCGUGCAUGCAUCCAUCUGUUGGAUCUGCGCCACCGUCUUCCCACACUGCACAUCGUCGGGCCUCGACGAGCGCUGCGUCAGCUCAGAAGGAUGCUCAAAAAGUUCAACCAGCUUCGGAAGAUGGACCUGAGGAUCCGAUGGAUAUCGAUUCCAACAAUCAUGUUGCACCACGACCAGCCGCUUCUGGUGUUGAGACCCCUCGUGCAUGUGCCCGUUGUGCUACCGGCUUUAGUCCCAGGUGGUGGGCUGUCGCGCGACGACCUGCCAUGGCUAAUGGCGCUGGAUACCCUCAUCAUCCGCUACAAACUCCCUUCGCCCAGCAAAAUGGAGAUCAGGCCGAAUUGGCAUAUGAGUGUCACAAAUGCCACUUGAAGAACCCGGCGCCGCCUCCUCCACCAAUUCCAGAGCCUAUGCCCGAUCAACGGCCCUCGCCUUACUCUGCUCAGCGUCCUAUGAUGCCUACUUCACGGAUGCCUAGUCACGGAAACCAUGCGGGUCAUACAUUCUUGCCACACCCCCACCCGCAUCCUCCGCCUCCCCCGAACGGCAUGCUUGGGCGGCCAAUGCCUCCAGCUAACUCACCCAGCGGACUCCCCGGGCCAGGGUACACUGGGCCAUACGAGCGUCCCACUCCCGAUAUGGCUCUGCGCAAUGGCAUGUCGCCAUCGCCUUAUCCCUCGGCACCACCACCUCCUCAUCAUCACAUGAAUAGCUAUGCACCUCAUCCCGCGGGGGCAUCAUCACAGCACUACGCCAGUGCUGGGCCGCCGGGACCACCACCACCCUAUCCCACGCACCAAAGCCCGUAUGGCCCCGUUCCGGUCCGUUCUCCGCAUCUUUCACAGCCCCCUCCGCGAUCGUAUGCAGCCUCCGCCUCGCCUCCAAUUGUGCAGGCGACGACAGUCAAUCGCUCACCCCAGACCUCGCUGAGCGCUCUUAAUGGGGGUCCGCCUCAUCGCAUGUACUCUGUCGACCGUGUGAUAGGCGCUCCUUCUCACUCACCGCCAAUUAGCCAGGCCCAUAUGGCUCCGCGGGGGCCUACCCCUCCCACACGACCGGAAGACACAUCACCUUCCCUCAUGGGUGGACCCAGCAGCCGGCAUUCAGGGGCCGUCAACGGUACAGCCGGAACUGGGGCGAGCGCAAGCCCAUCACUGAAGAAUCUUCUUUCAUAA